AUUGUUCGUCAACGAAGAAGUGAGCUGCAGGCCACGGCCGUUGUUUCCCGUUCCGGGGCAACCAGGUCUCCCACAAACAAGGCGAAAAUGUUAGGCCCGCUGUCACGGCUUGGGACAGCUUUCCCCCGGUUAAGUUCUCGUGUACCCGUUCGAUGCGUGUCCCAGUCGAAGCCGAGUGGCGCAGCCGGUGCGACUGCCGUGACCGAGCUGCAGCAGGCUGCAGCGAGUGGCAGCCAUGGUGAGGUCAGCCCCUUUGUCAAGAAUCCAGAUUACCAUGGUUUCUCCACUGACCCGGUGGUUGAUCAAUGGAAUAUGAGAGUGGGCUUCUUCUUUGGCAUCUCCGUGUGUCUUGUCAUUGGUGGAACAUUCCUUCACUAUUUACCAGACCACGGGAUGCGUCAGUGGGCCAGAAGGGAAGCGGAACGUGUGAUCCUGCAGAAAGAGAUGGAGGGUUUGCCUCUGAUAGAUGAAAACUACUACAACCCCAGCAAAAUUAUUCUGCCCAGCGCUGAAGAAGAGUAGAGUGAAUAACAACCCACUUAAUGUAUUUCAUGAAUAUUGUAUUCCACUAAAAUAGAAUAAAAGAUAAUUGUUGGAUUCUUUAAAAAUA